AUGGGGGAACAUGAUCAAUACGCCAACCCCCUUCUCCUGGACUGGGUCAAGGAAUGGCUCGACACGGCCAGGGAGCGCAACUCAAAAGGCGUCACGACAUACAAAAACGCCUACGAGUCCCUGAAAGCAUGUCCCCUGGCCUUCGAACACCCCCAGCAGCUGGUCCAGCUCAAGGGCUUCGGCGAGAAAAUGUCGUCGCGGCUGACGGAUCGCAUGAAGAAACACUGCGAGCAGAACGGCCUGCCGAUGCCUGAGCGUCCCCGGAAGAACAGGAACGCCGGCGAGACGCAGGAUGGCGAGGGCGAGGGCGAGGGCUCGGCGGCGCCCAAGAAGACGAGAAAGCCGAAACCGUACGUUCCUGCCUAUCGAUCCGGCGCGUAUGCUCUCGUCCUGGCCCUCGCCACUCUCGGUGAAGACGCCACGUCGGGCAUGACCAAGGCCGAUCUCGUCGACAAGGCGCAGGAGCACAGCGACUCGUCUUUCACGGCACCGAGCGAUCCCACCAAGUUCUACACGGCGUGGAACUCAAUGAAGACGCUGCUGGAUAAGGAGUUUGUCUAUGAGAGAGGCCGGCCGCUGCGAAGGUACGCCUUGACGGAUGAAGGCUGGGAGGUUGCGCGGCGGAUCCAGCAGACCACAACGGGCGGCGGGGGACCAUCUGGGGCCGCCAGCGCCGCCGACGCGCCCCAGGCGGCACAUGAAAGUGGCGGGGCACCAGCACCGAUCAACACAGCAGAGUCCACGGGAGCACUGCCGCGCACCGAAGCAGGCAGGUCCGCGGAAACCGCCCCUCAAGCUUCUUACGAGGGCGUCGUGGGUAACGGGUCCGUCUCCGCUGGUGAUAGCCUCCCCCAUUUUACCCCUAUCGAGCUCGCCCCCGGAUCCUUCACGGUUCACCUCCUCCUCGACGUCCGCGAAAUCCGCGCCACAAAAGACCGAGACUAUCUGCAAGAGGAGCUCAUCAAAAAGGGCGUCAAGCCCAUCAUGCGUUCCCUCGACGUCGGCGACGCGCAGUGGAUCGCCAAAACCCACGACGCUACAGCCCUGACUGCCCACGGUGCCGAAGGCGACGAGGUUGUUCUCGACUGGAUCGUCGAGCGCAAACGUCUCGACGACCUUGUCAGCAGUAUCAAAGAUGGUCGGUUCCACGAGCAAAAGUUCCGCCUCCGCAAGUCCGGAGUUCAGAACGUCAUUUACAUUGUCGAGGAGAUCGCCAUGGACUCGAACCACUUCUCCAAGUACGAGGAGUCGGUGCAGUCGGCGGUGGCGUCGACGCAGGUGGUGAACGGCUACUUUCUCAAAAAGACGCAGAAGGUGGACGACACGAUCCGGUACCUUGCCAGGAUGACGGUCCUGCUGAAGAAGCUGUACGAGAGCAAGCCGCUGUUGGUGAUACCGACCAAGGUGCUCACGGCGCAGAACUACCUUCCCCUGCUGGCGCACCUCCGAGAGAAGGAGCCGGAGAGGGGCUACUACAUCAGCUACCCAGCAUUUGCAUCUCUGGCCUCCAAGUCGGACAUGAUGACGCUGAGGGACGUCUAUCUGAAGAUGCUCAUGACGACGAGGGGUGUCACUGGCGAAAAGGCUCUCGAGAUACAGAAGCGGUGGAAAACACCGCACGAUUUUGUCAAGGCAUUUGCGGCGUGUGGGACCGGCGAACAGGGUCUCAAGAGGAAGCGCGAAAUGGUGUCAAACGGCUUGGCCCAUAUGGUGGGAAGGAAGAAGAUUGCCAAGGCCGUCAGCCAGCGGAUUGCCGAGGUAUGGGGGGACGCAUGA